GAGCAAUUUGGAUUUCGGCCCGAAGUAGCGAGUUGACACACCGUUAAGGCAGUUUUACGUGUGUUACCGAGAGCGCUGUUUGCGGUUUCGUUAAAAGCCCGUGUGUUUUGCCUGGUCUGUGUAUGUGGAGUAUGAGAGCGCGGGACGGAGGUGCUCCGACUCGCGGAAGCUGCUGAUCCAGUCAGGGGGAUCUGUAACGAUCAGCUGUAGCAGGACACAUGCACCCUUUCAUACAGAGCCAGUGUGAGUCAUCUAUAUGGGCCAUCUUCUCUCAACAAAUGGCCUCCGCUUGAAGAAGAGACCACAGACUCUGCACAGGAAGAAGAAGAGGAGGAGCUGCUUUCUCCGGGGCCCGUGCAUGCUUUGCUUCUACAUCCGCGGCAGCAGCAGCGGCGGCAGCAGCAGCAUCAGCGACGGCUGUUUCGAAACCGAGUGCCAUUCUGACUCCAGAGUGGCCAAGUUGAACUCGCCUGAGGACUGCGCCAAAUUCCUCCUGUCGCCUGCCGAGUUGGCAGUGUGGGAGUGCCAGGGCCGGAGCCUGCUCUCCUCUGUGCCAGCCAGGCUUAUUGGACCACCAGCACUCUUCUGCACUGACUACUCGGAUAUGGUGUGCAAGCGAAAGAAUGGUGAGCCACAGCCGUUGGCUCCAUGCAAGCAGCCACGCUGCUGCACUUCCCAGGAAACAACUGAGAGUGAAGACGAGAAAAACGCAAGCCAGUCCCUACUGCCCCAGCUCUGCUCACUGCCUUCCUCCUCCUCUUCUUCCUCUUCAUCCUACACAGAGGAGCAGGAGAGCUCAGUAGUGGGGCUUCAGGUGGGCUCAGGGCACAACCUAAGCAACGACAAGACUCCUGAUAUCUCAUCUUCCUCUUCCUCUUCCUCCUCAUGCCUUCUCACCUACAGUAGUGUGGCAGAGGAGGGCAAGAGUGCUGACAUCACAGACACGUCCCAAAUUAACCACCUACCCUCGUCCAUACUUCUCAAGGUUUUCUCUCACUUGUCAGUGAAGGAGCGUUGUCUUAGUGCCUCCCUGGUCUGCAAGUAUUGGCGUGACCUCUGCUUAGACUUCCAGUUCUGGAAGCGAAUUGAUCUCAGCGGCCUGAGACAAGUGAGAGAUGACCUCCUCGUAAAGAUCGCAUCUUGGAAACAGAACGUGAUGGAGCUGAACAUUUCAGACUGUCGGAACGUUGAGGACUAUGGUGUAUGCACUCUAGCCUCUCAGUGUCCUGGUCUGCUGAAAUACACCGCCUACCGCUGCAAACAGCUCAGUGAUGCAUCUCUCUGUGCUGUGGCCUGGCACUGCCCUCUGCUGCAGAAAGUGCAUGUGGGAAACCAGGACAAACUGAGCGACAAUGCCCUCAAACAGUUGGGUGAACACUGCCCAGAGCUAAAGGACAUCCAUUUUGGACAGUGCUACAAUGUCAGUGAUGAGGGUCUGAUAGCACUGGCGAAGGGCUGCCCCAAACUGCAGAGGAUCUACAUGCAAGAAAACAAACUGGUGACUGACAGAUCAUUGCAGGCGUUUGCAGAACACUGUCCAGAGCUGCAGUUUGUGGGCUUCAUGGGCUGCUCGGUUACCUCACAGGGAGUCAUACACCUAACCAGGCUGCGGAACCUGAGCAGCCUGGAUCUCCGGCACAUCUCAGAGCUGAACAACGAGACAGUGAUGGAGGUGGUGAGAAAUUGCCGGAAACUCAGCUCCCUGAACCUCUGCCUCAAUUGGAGCAUCAACGAUAGAUGUGUGGAAAUCAUUGCCAAAGAGGGAAGAAGUCUCAAAGAGCUGUACUUGGUUUCCUGCAAGAUCACAGACUAUGCAUUGAUAGCCAUUGGGCAGUACAGCAGCACCAUAGAGACCGUGGAUGCAGGAUGGUGUAAAGAAAUCACAGACCAAGGAGCCACGCAGAUCGCUAAGAGCAGCAAGUCCCUACGCUACUUGGGCCUGAUGAGGUGUGAUAAGGUGAGUGAAGAGACAGUGGAGAGAUUGGUCCUGCAGUACCCGCAAAUCGUGUUCAGCACAGUGAUGCAGGACUGUAAGCGAACUCUGGAGAUGGCCUAUCAGAUGGGCUGGAGCCCCAACACUUCCAAUGCAUCCUAGCUAACAACACACACUCACACACACACACACACACACACUCACAAAGUCAUAUCAGUAAUGAACUGCUGUUUGCCUUCCUUGUCAGCACAGCUGGAUGGUUUUCAGAGCAUUAACAUUGUGCUGGUACAAUUUUAUUGGCGCUAGUAUCAAUUUGUUUGCAUUUUACUUUAUUAUUCACUUUUUUUCCCCCUUUGGAAAACUAUUAUCAUAAGCAGAUGUUAAUAUUUCCAGAUUUUAAUCAUCCAAAACAAACAUCUUGCUAGCAUAUGCUCAUCUUUCUUUUCAAGCGAGUGAACGUGUUCAGUGUGAGCAUUUGUGUCUGAGGAAUAGUUCAUCGUUUGGGAUUUUUAUUUGUAAGUCCUCACAACAAUCCAUCUACUGUUUAAUCCCUACCAUAUUGUUUGAUUUAUAGAAAAGUCACCUUGAGGUUUACUAACAAGUCAAGACCAUUACUUGACUAAACCGUUUUUUCCCCCCUAAUGUGUUGAACACUUGUUCUGCUAUUGUCCAAAUCUUGUAGAUGAAACUGUUCUUUAUAGUGGAAUAGACUCAUUACGAAUAUGGUACCGUUUCUGGUACAUUUGUUUCCAAAUGUUUCAGCCCAGUGAAGUAGGCAAGCCCAUCACAUAGAAAUGUAAGUCAGCCUUUAUGGUUAAAGAAAAAAAGAAAAGAAAAAAAAAGAAUAUUUGGGUUGUUAUAAAUAUAUCCCAGAUGAUAGGGGGUGUUCUUGAAAAGACUCGGUGUGUUAUGUUUAAACCUUCUAUUCUUCUUUCCUUUUAAAAACUAAUGAUGUUUAACCCUUGUGACAUUGUAAACUGUGCUUUGAACUUUGUUUAGGAAAAAAAAAAACAAGGGUUGUUCAGUAUGGAAUUUUGCAUAACCUUUUAUUAAUCUAGUGCUGCCAGGCGUGUGUAUUUGCCUGCCAUAUGACUGAGAUGUGAAAAUAUGAAACUCUUCCAUUUAAAGUAGAGUGAUUAGAAUUUAUUCACCCCUUCCACCCUCAUUUUCAUAGCUAGCCUGUGAUAUACUCUUAUGCAAACAAACACCAGGGUAUUUUCCUAUUGUGUUGCAGCCGGUUCUUGUACUGUAGCUGUUGCACGCCAUCAUGUUCUAAGGGGAACCACAGGUCUUAGUUACUGUUUUCCUUUUACUGUACUUAGGGAUUAGACAAUUCAACCACACGUUUCUAAUUCAGUAUAGGCUCUUAGACUGUUCCAAUUUAAAACGUGUAUGUUCUGUUCAUGAGUGUGUGCCGUUUUUCAGGACAGAUUUGAUUCGAGUAAUUGAAUGAGGUGAAUGAAAUAAGGAAUAAAAAAAUACCCUUUCCUUGUA